AUGUCAGUGGUGGGCUUCGACCUGGGCUUCCAGAGCUGCUAUGUCGCGGUGGCGAGAGCCGGAGGGAUCGAGACUGUGGCCAAUGAGUACAGCGACCGCAGUACCCCGUCAUGCAUUUCAUUUGGUCCUAAAAGCAGAUCCAUUGGAGCAGCAGCAAAAAGUCAAGUCAUUUCCAAUGCAAAGAACACGCUGCAAGGCUUUAAAAGGUUUCAUGGGCGAGCCUACACUGACCCAUUUGUCCAGGCUGAGAAGCCUGGUUUGGCCUGUGAGCUUGUUGAGCUGCCAAUGGGCUCCACUGGUUUCAAGGCUCAUGUAUUUGGAGGGAGAGAGACCUUUACUACUGAGCAGGUGACUGCCAUGCUACUGACCAAACUUAAAGAAACUGCAGAAAGUGCAUUAAAGAAGCCUGUAGUAGACUGUGUUGUUGCAGUUCCAUGCUUCUUCACUGAUGCAGAGAGGAGGUCUGUAAUGGAUGCCACACAGAUCGCUGGGCUCAACUGUCUACGACUAAUUAAUGAAACUACUGCAGUGGCACUUGCAUAUGGAAUCUAUAAACAAGAUUUACCUGCACCAGAAGAAAAGCCAAGGAUUGUGGUUUUUGUGGAUAUGGGACAUUCUGCGUAUCAAGUCUCUGUGUGUGCUUUUAACAAAGGAAAACUUAAAGUAUUAGCUACUGCCUUUGACUCGUAUGUUGGUGGAAGGAAGUUUGAUGAUGUUCUGGUUGCCUAUUUUUGCGAAGAGUUUGGAAAGAAAUAUAAACUGGACAUCAAGUCUAAGAUUAGGCCUUUACUGCGACUUGCUCAAGAGUGCGAAAAGCUGAAGAAGUUGAUGAGUGCAAAUGCUUCAGAUCUGCCUCUAAAUAUUGAAUGUUUUAUGAAUGAUAUUGAUGUCUCUGGAACAAUGAACAGGGGUCACUUUGAAGAAAUGUGUGACAGCCUGUUGUCGCGAAUUGAAGGGCCUCUACGCAGCGUCUUAGAGCAAGCUAAGCUCAAGAAAGAAGAUGUUUAUGCAGUAGAGAUAGUUGGGGGUGCUACACGUAUCCCAGCUGUUAAAGAACGAAUAAUACGAUUCUUUGGUAAAGAAGUCAGCACGACGUUGAAUGCUGAUGAAGCUGUAACCAGGGGCUGUGCAUUACAGUGUGCCAUUCUAUCCCCAGCCUUUAAAGUUCGUGAGUUUUCCAUUACUGAUCUUGUACCGUACCCAAUAUCACUGAAAUGGAAUUCUCCAGCAGAGGAAGGUCUUAGUGAUUGUGAGGUAUUUCCUAAGAACCACGCAGCUCCUUUCUCCAAAGUGUUGACCUUUUACAGAAAAGAACCUUUCACUUUGGAUGCUUACUAUAGUGCACCCAAAGAAUUGCCCUAUCCAGACCCUUCAUUAGGUCAGUUCCAUGUACAGAAGGUUGCCCCUCAAGCUGAUGGAUCCAGUUCCAAAGUGAAAGUGAAAGUCCGUGUAAAUGUCCAUGGUAUAUUUAGUGUAUCUAGUGCAUCUCUUGUUGAAGUCCAAAAAACAGAUGAUUCUGAGGAACCUAUGGAAACUGACCAGACUACAAAAGAUGAGGAGAAAAUGCAAGUUGAUCAAGAGGAGGCUAAACAAGAAGAAGCUCAGUCCACACAGGCAGAAACUAAGUCUAAUCCUGAAGAAAUGGAGACUUCACAAGCAACACCUAAAGACAAGAAGACGGAUCAACCUCCACAAGCCAAAAAAGCUAAAGUGAAGACUAGUACAAUUGAAUUGCCUAUUGAUCACUAUCCUCCAUGGCAGAUAGGGCGGGAUAUGUUGAACCUGUUUCUGGAAAAUGAGGGAAAGAUGAUCAUGCAGGAUAAGCUUGAAAAGGAGCGAAAUGAUGCCAAGAAUGCUGUUGAAGAAUAUGUAUAUGAGAUGAGGGACAAGCUGUGUGGUGGCAUUUAUGAGAAAUUUGUCAAUGAAGAUGACAGAAACCGUUUCAUCCUGAAGCUUGAAGAUACAGAGAACUGGUUGUAUGAGGAUGGAGAGGAUCAAUCAAAACAAGUUUAUAUAGACAAGUUAACAGACUUAAAGAAUUUAGGCCAUCCUAUACAAGCACGUUACCUAGAGUUUGAAGAGAGACCAAAGGCCUUUGAUGAGCUUGGGAAACAAAUUCAGCUUUAUAUGAAAGUUAUUCAUGCCUUCAAAAGCAAGGAAGAGGCAUACGACCACCUGGACCCCGCUGAUAUGGACAAAGUUGAAAAGAGUAUAAAUGAAGCCAUGGAGUGGAUGAACAACAAAAUGAAUCUACAGAUGAAGCAGAAUCUUACUGCAGAUCCAGUAGUUAAAACAAAGGAUAUUCAAGCUAAAACAAAGGAAUUGAUGAACACUUGUAACCCCAUAGUCUCCAAACCAAAACCCAAGGUGGAGCCCCCGAAAGAAGAGCAGCAAGCAGGCGAGCAGAAUGGACCAGUAGACAAUAACACAAAUGGCCAAGGGCCACAGGCCACAGAGCAGAGUUCAGAUUCAGCUGCCUCUGAAGCAGAAAAGAAACUCCCUGAGAUGGACAUUGAAUAA